CUUGAGGCCACAUUCACUCGUGACCCACCAAGAACCCAGAGAGAGAGCCGAGAGAGAGAGAGAGAGAGAGAGAGAGAGGAGCUGUGCUCAUUCGUUUCUUCGUCAUCUCGUUCUCCUCUCCCCCGCCGUUACACCCGGCCAUAUUUCGUAGAGAGAGCUUGCCCGCCGUCUUUCUUCCUCUCUCUAGAGUUGCCCAGGGCAAGCUCCCCGGCCGGCCAAAAGUAGCCACCAUGAUCUCGGCGGACACCAUCCGCACGGUCAUCGGCGUCAUCGGCAAUGGGACUGCUCUUGUGCUCUUCCUCUCGCCAGUUCCGACGUUCUGCCGCAUCUGGAAGAAACGGUCGGUGGAGCAGUACUCGCCGAUACCGUACGUGGCGACGCUGCUCAACUGCAUGAUGUGGGUGCUGUACGGGCUGCCCCUGGUCCACCCGCACAGCAUGCUCGUCAUCACCAUCAACGGCACCGGCAUGGCCAUCGAGCUCACCUACGUCACGCUCUUCCUCCUCUACUCCGCUGGCGCCGCCCGCCGCAAGGUCAUCCUCCUCCUCGCCGCCGAGGUCGCCUUCGUCGCGGGCGUCGCCGCGCUCGUGCUCACCCUGGCUCACACCCACGAGCGGAGGUCCAUGAUCGUCGGCAUCCUCUGCGUCCUGUUCGGUACCGGCAUGUACGCGGCGCCGCUCUCCGUCAUGAAAAUGGUGAUCGAGACGAAGAGCGUGGAGUACAUGCCCCUCUUCCUGUCGCUGGCGUCCCUGGUGAACGGCAUCUGCUGGACCGCCUACGCCCUCAUCCGCUUCGACCUCUACAUCACUAUCCCCAACGGUCUGGGGGUGCUGUUCGCGGUGGCGCAGCUGGUCCUGUACGCUAUCUACUACAAGUCCACGCAGCAGAUCAUCGAGGCGCGCAAGCGCAAGGCCGACCAGGUCGCCAUGACUGAGGUCGUCGUCGACGGCAAGCCCAACAACAACAACGGCGCCGGCCACUACUGAUCCAUAAUAACAGGAAGGAGAUGAAGCAGGCGCCCAGCUGAUCCAUUGCUGCACGUAGCUGGGGUUACCAGUGCCCUUAAUUCCGAUACGGACGAUCGAUGAUGAUACAGUAUGCCGUCGUCUAAUCCAUGGAGCAGCCGAUCAGUUGCGUCACUAGCUUUAUUAUUAAGUUUUGCUAGUAACAAGGACAAUCUAUAGCUGCAGUGAUCUUUAUAUAUAUAAUCAUCAUCGACAUCAGUCCUGUUAUUGGAGGAGCCUUGAGGGUUGGCCUUGUUCUUACGCAAGCCUUGCUAAAUUUCCUGUCAUUUCAGUGCUACUGUGAUGCUGUGCUUUUUUCUUUUGCCUUGUUUCCUCUCUUCUGUGCUGUAACUUGGAUAAUUCUACCUGGAAAUUCAGAAAAGAAAAGGAAGAGUUAUGAAGGGAGAAAAAAACAUUGGUUGUUUC